GGCCCUGAAUCAUUAUUUCAACUAACCCCUGGGAGGGUGAGCACCUUCUGUGCUGUGUCCCCAGCCUUUCACUUCCCCUCGACGCGCUGCUCAGGGAUGACCUUCGGCACCGUGCUGCUUCUGAGUGUCCUGGCUUCUUUUCAUGGAUUCAACCUGGAUGUGGAGGAGCCCACCAUCUUCCAGGAGGAUGCAGGCGGCUUUGGGGAGAGCGUGGUGCAGUUUGGUGGAUCUCGACUCGUGGUGGCAGCACCCCUGGAGGUGGUGGCGGCCAACCAGACGGGACGGCUGUAUGACUGCACAGCUGCCACCGGUGUGUGCCAGCCCAUCCCGCUGCACAUCCACCCCAAGGCCGUGAACAUGUCCUUGGGCCUGACCCUAGCAGCCUCCACCAAUCGCUCCUGGCUUCUGGCCUGUGGCCCGACCCUGCACAGAGUCUGUGGGGAGAACUCAUACUCAAAGGGUUCCUGCCUCCUGCUGGGCUCGCACUGGGAGAUCAUCCAGACAGUCCCCGACGCCCUGCCAGAGUGUCCACAUCAAGAGAUGGACAUCGUCUUCCUGAUCGAUGGCUCUGGAAGCAUUAACCAAAAUGACUUUAACCGGAUGAAGGGCUUUGUCCAAGCUGUCAUGGACCAGUUUGCAGGCACUGACACCCUGUUCGCACUGAUGCAGUACUCAAACUUCCCGAAGAUCCACUUCACCUUCACCCAAUUCCGGACCAGCCGGAGCCAGCAGAGCCUGGUGGAUCCCAUCGUCCAACUGAAAGGCCAGACAUUCACAGCCACGGGCAUCCUGCAAGUGGUGACACAGCUAUUUCAUCAUAAGAACGGGGCCCGCAAAAGUGCCAAGAAGAUCCUCAUUGUCAUCACAGAUGGGCAGAAAUACAAAGACCCCCUGGAAUACAGAGAUGUCAUCCCCCAGGCAGAGAAGGCUGGCAUCAUUCGCUACGCUAUCGGGGUGGGACGCGCUUUCCAGAAACCCACCGCCAGGCAGGAGCUGAACACCAUCGGCUCAGCGCCUCCACAGGACCACGUGUUCAAGGUGGACAACUUUGCAGCCCUUAGCAGCAUCCAGAAGCAGCUGCAGGAGAAGAUCUAUGCAGUUGAGGGAACCCAGUCCAGGGCAAGCAGCUCCUUCCAGCAUGAGAUGUCCCAAGAAGGCUUCAGCGCAGCCCUCACAAUGGAUGGCCUCGUCCUGGGGGCUGUGGGGAGCUUUAGCUGGUCUGGAGGUGCCUUCCUGUAUUCCCCAAAUAUGAGCCCCACCUUCAUCAACAUGUCUCAGGAGAAUGUGGACAUGAGGGACUCUUACCUCGGUUACUCCACUGAGCUAGCCCUAUGGAAGGGGGUGCAGAGCCUGGUCCUGGGGGCCCCCCGCUACCAGCACACCGGGAAGGCUGCCAUCUUCACCCAGGUGUCCGGGCAAUGGAGGCUGAAGGCCGAAGUCACGGGGACGAAGAUCGGCUCCUACUUCGGGGCCUCCCUCUGCUCCGUGGAUGUGGACGGCGAUGGCAGCACUGACCUGAUCCUCAUCGGGGCCCCCCAUUACUACGAGCAGACCCGAGGGGGCCAGGUGUCCGUGUGUCCCUUGCCCAGGGGGCAGAGGGUGCAGUGGCAGUGUGAAGCUGUUCUCUGUGGGGAGCAGGGCCACCCCUGGGGCCGCUUUGGGGCAGCCCUGACAGUGUUGGGGGACGUGAAUGGGGACAAGCUGUCGGAUGUGGCCAUUGGGGCCCCGGGAGAGCAGGAGAACCGGGGUGCUGUCUACCUGUUUCACGGAGCCUCAGAAUCCAGCAUCAGCCCCUCCCACAGCCAGCGGAUCGCCGGCUCCCAACUCUCCCCCAGGCUGCAGUAUUUUGGGCAGGCGCUGAGCGGGGGUCAGGACCUCACCCAGGACGGACUGAUGGACCUGGCCGUGGGGGCCCGGGGCCAGGUGCUCCUGCUCAGGAGUCUGCCAGUGCUGAAAGUGGGGGUGACCAUGAGAUUCAGCCCCGGAGAGGUGGCCAAGUCUGUGUACUGGUGCUGGGAAGAGGGGCCCAGUGCCCUGGAAGCUGGGGACGCCACCAUCUGUCUCACCAUCCAGAAAAGCUCACUGGACCAACUAGGUGACAUCCAAAGCUCUGUCAGGUUUGAUCUGGCACUGGACCCAGGCCGUCUGACUUCUCGUGCCAUUUUCGAUGAAACCAAGAACCCGACUUUGACUCGAAGAAAAACCCUGGGACUGGGGGUUCACUGUGAAAUCCUGAAGCUGCUUUUGAAAGAUUGUGUGGAGGACGUGGUGAGCCCCAUCAUUCUGCACCUCAACUUCUCGCUGGUGAGAGAGCCCAUCUCCUCCCCACAGAACCUGCGUCCUGUGCUGGCCAUGGGCUCACAAGACCUCUUCACUGCUUCUGCCACACUCAGCAGCUGCUGCUCCUUCUCUGGUCCCUGUUACACCAAGGUGGUGCCACAGCAGCUCCCCUUUGAGAAGAACUGUGGGCAAGAUGGCCUCUGUGAAGGGGACCUGGGUGUCACCCUCAGCUUCUCAGGCCUGAAGAUCCUGACCGUGGGGAGCUCCCUGGAGCUCAAUGUGAUUGUGACUGUGUGGAAUGCGGGUGAGGAUUCCUACGGAACUGUGGUCAGCCUCUACUACCCAGCAGGGCUGUCCCACCGACGGGUGUUGGGAGCCCAGAAGCAGCCCCAUCAGCGUGCCCUGCGCCUGGCAUGUGAGACAGUGCCCACUGAGGACGAGGGCCUGAGGAGCAGCCGCUGCAGCGUCAACCACCCCAUCUUCCGUGAGGGCUCUAACGGCACCUUCAUAGUCACAUUCGAUGUCUCCUACAAGGCCACGCUGGGAGACAGGAUGCUUAUGAGGGCCAGUGCAAGCAGCGAGAACAAUAAGGCUUCAGGCAGCAAGGCCACCUUCCAGCUGGAGCUCCCGGUGAAGUACGCAGUCCACACUGUGAUCAGCAGACAGGAAGGAUCCACCAAGUACUUCAACUUUACAACCUCUGAUGAGAAGAAAAUGAAAGAGGCUGAGCAUCGAUACCGCGUGAAUAACCUCAGCCAGCGAGAUCUGUCCAUCAGCAUUACCUUCUGGGUUCCUGUCCUGCUGAACCGGGUGGCCGUGUGGGAUGUGGUCGUGGAGGCCCCAUCCCAGAGUCUCCCCUGUGUAUCAGAGAGAAAACCUCCCCAGCAUUCUGACUUCCUGACCCAGAUUUCAAGAAGUCCCGUCCUGGACUGCUCCAUUGCUGGCUGCCUGCGGUUCCGCUGUGACAUCCCCUCCUUCAGCGUCCAGGAGGAGCUGGAUUUCACCCUGAAGGGCAACCUCAGUUUCGGCUGGGUCCGCCAGACAUCGCAGAAGAAGGUGUCGGUUGUGAGUGUGGCUGAAAUUACGUUCGACACAUCCGUGUACUCCCAGCUUCCAGGACAGGAGGCAUUUAUGAGAGCUCAGAUGGAGAUGGUGCUAGAAGAAUACGAGGUCUACAACGCCAUUCCCAUCAUCAUGGGCAGCUCUGUGGGGGCUCUGCUACUGCUGGCGCUCAUCACAGCCGCACUGUACAAGCUUGGCUUCUUCAAACGCCACUACAAGGAAAUGCUGGAGGACAAGCUUGAAGAAACUGCCACAUUCAGCGGGGAAGGUUUCAGCUGUGGGGCCCCAAAUGUGCCUUUGUCCUAAUAAUCCACUUUCCUGUUUAUCUCUGCCCCUGUGGGCUGGUCUUGCUUGCAACCAUAAAUCAACUUACAUGGAAACAACUUCUGCAUAGAUCUGCACUGGCCUGAGCAACCUACCAGAUGCUAAGCACCUUCCGAGAGAGGUAGGGAUUGUAAUAUUUUUGCAUAUCUGUCCACCUUUUUUAGUGAUGACCCACUUUUUACAGAAACAGGCAUGGUGCCAGCAUAAAUUUUCAUGUGCAUAAGAAUUGUCACACGAAACGAGGAUGUUUAUAGCACACUUUCCUUGCAUGGAAGAGCUAUAACCCAGGAACCUGAGUGCCUCUCUGGCAAUAGUUGGGGGAACCUGUUUGUGGGCAUUGAAAAAGUUUUCUCACUUUCUAUGGUGAUGGGAGCCUGAGGUCAUCUUUUCUUGAUGGGGCUGAGAGGUGUCUCAGGGGAGAGAGUCAAAGAGUGUGUGUGUGCGCGCGUGCGUGCGCAUGCACGUGCACGCAGGAUGCAUUGGUCAUGGGUUUCUGCACACACUUCAGGUUCCUCCGUAAUGGUAAGUGGGCAGGCUGUCCUAGGAGGUGAAGAAAUGUCCAGAGCUCAUCUGAACUCCUGUCCCCCUUGAAUGGGGUAUUCAGAAGCCAGGAAAGCCAGGCUUGGAGCAUGUGAUUUCCCAAAUAGAAGACCCAUUAAGAAAGAUUAUAGAGAAUGACCAAAAGAUUCCAAAUCCAGCAUUAGGUCCCGAGGCCUCACACACAGGACUGUGGAGCCUCCGUCUGAAAUCCAGAUAGCUGGGGUUCACAGACACCAGCCGCUCAGGUGUCAGGCAAGAAGUGGGACUUCAGGAUCUGCAGCCCUGGGCUCCCAGGGGGGCUCUGCAAGCUGCCUGAACUUGGACAAGUCAUUUAAUUCCCGAGAAUCUCAGGUCCUCCUCUGGAGAAGGGGAACUAAAAUUAUACCCUACUCCCAGCGUUACUGUGAGGAUUCAGUGUAUGAGGAAGCCCAUUACAGCCUACAGCCCUAAUUUUUAAUAGGUGUGCGUAAGACAGAGGCCUCAUUAUGACGAGGUGAGAGAGAGUGAGCUGGGAUCGCCUACCUCUGCGUGGAGGAGGCUCCCUCAAGCACCCCAGUAUCAGCCACGUGGGAAAAGCACGUGGAGCGCCCACCGCGCAAGGCGC